ACAAGUUGUACAUGGGCCCAGGUCAGCUGUACCAGGACCUGCAGAACCUGAUCCAUGACCUCAGCCUGGUGAACCAGAUCUCCAGCAUGAUCUGCAGCCUCAAGGGCAAUUACCAGAAUGUAAAUCCCGCAGUGGCCCAGGACUGGGUAUCAGGUCUCCAAAGGCUCAUCAUGAAGAAGGAGGAAGAGAUCAGGGCAGCUGACCGGUGUCGGAUCCAACUCCAGCUGCCUGGAAAACAUGACAAGUCGGGUAAACCCACUUACUUCAGUGCAGUGUUCAAUACUCUCAGCCCAGCAGUCAAGCAGUCAUGGAUCAGUAACCUGCAGAUGGCAAAGCUGGCACUAGAGGAGGACAACCUGCAGGGCUGGUUCUAUGCGGAGGAUGAUGGGAAUCACAUCAAAAAGCAGAAGCAUCCUCUCUUGCUCCGGCAAAUGCCUGUGGUCAUGUCAAAACUACAGGAGUUCAAGGUGGAAUGUGCUGUUCAUAAUCCAGAGCCCCACAUCAACAUGGAGAGCACAGCGGACACUCCUGUCGUGGGCCAUGGCUGUGUCUGGGUUGCUAGUUGCACCAACCAGAUGGGACAGCUCGCUAUAGGCAUGCAGAACUCCAGCCCGAAGGUGACUGAGUGUUUCAAUGUGGAGUCUCGUAUCCUCUGCAUGGCCUAUGUCCCUGCAGAGCAGCCUCAGGAGAACGGAGAGAAGGGCCCUGAACACCACAUCCUUACAACGAGGGCCAGUGAUACCCCCAGUGUUUGUCUGGGAAUGGAGGAGGGCAGCAUCAUUGUCUAUAAGAGCAGCCAGCGGUCCAAGAAAGUCCGUCUGCAGCAUUUCUUCACCCCUGACAAGUCCACCGUCACCAGCUUGGUCUACAAGAAGCACUGUCUGUAUGCCGGCCUGGUCAGCGGCUCUGUGGCUGUGUACUCCAGAUCACAAGAUGGCUUGUGGAGCUCUGAGAAACCUAAAGUGCUAAAGCUGGGAGUCCUCCCAGUCAAGGCCAUGCUGGCUGUGGAGGAGCACCUCUGGGUGUCAUCAGGUGGACAGGUGUUCAUCAUCAGCAGCCACACACAUUGUGUAGAGAGGCAGCUGGAGGCCCACCAAGAAGAGGGCAUGGUGGUGUCCCACAUGGUGGUGGCUGGGGUGGGGAUCUGGAUCGCCUUUAGCUCUGGAUCCACUCUGCGUCUUUUCCACACAGAGACCCUGGAGCACCUACAGGACAUAAACAUAGCCACUCCUGUCCACAAUACACUGCCAGGGAACCAGAGAGUGUCAGUGAGUAGUCUGCUGGUCUGUCAUGGUCUGCUGCUGGUAGGGACCAACCUUGGGGUGACUGUGGCCCUCUCUGUUCCCAGACUGCAGGGGAUCCCCAAAGUCACAGGUCGAGGUAUGGUAUCCCUUCACGCUCACAACGGACCAGUAAAGUUCCUCACUGUGGCUGCUGCAGUGUGUAACCGACCCUGUGUCCAGCAAUCCUCCGCCCCUCCCACCUCAGUUCAGCCGACAGAUACAGAGGACGGGGAGAACAGCCACCCCGCCUCAGAUUCAGCCCCGACUCCACCUCAGGGACGGGGUGUGUGGCUGGGAGAGGCAGGCUGUACCACCAUGGCUCUCCAGGACUCCCUGUCCUCUUCCUGCGGCUCCUUAGCUCCAUCCCAGGGCUCCUUGGAGCACGGGCCCGAGGACGGCGCCCUUUACGACUUGCUCCAUGACCCCGCCCAUCACCAGAGAGGCCGCCGAUCCAGCAAGGUGGACGUCAGCUCUCUGCUGGUGGUGUCUGGAGGGUUGGGCCACCGCAAGGUCAACAAAAAGACCAAACAGUCUAGGCACGAGGACACAACAUCUUCCAUCAUGAUCUGGCAGAUCCCCUUGCUCAACAUGUGACACAAAAGUUUGAACAAAAGUGCUGCUCACAGGGAGAUUUGUUGUUACACUCGACUGAACAUUUCGAUCACAUCAGAACAACUUAAUCCCUUUUUGAAACCAGAAGUGCAUCAAAAACUUUCCACAGUAUUCCCCUGAUGUUUUUAAAUGAUGUCUGAUACCAUGGAAACACAAUGGAUCCAUAUAUAACCACUCAAUCACGAUGCUUUACUGCAAGAACAACUCUCCACAGACCAAUGAAAAGAUAUACUGUACUUGUUAAGGAUAUAUUUGUUUAAAAAAAACACUGAAAGGUCUUUAAUUUCAUGGUCUCAUUCAUCAGUUGUUGUCUGUAACAUGGCUAAUAGUUUACUCUCCAGUGUUAGUGCCAUACAAGGUGACUGGAUAAGGACUGCAGUAUUUAAAAACAGUGUUGAAAAGAAAACAGACUUAGUUCUGCUUGAGAGGCGCAUAAGGUAUUGAUGAGGCUUUGAAUCUUUGACAUGAAAGUUCGAUCAAAAUUAGGAUCAUGUUGUGGCCUGAUCUUAUGUUAUCUGUAAAGGCACGAGUUGUAAAUAUCAAGUUUGACAACUCAGGAUUACGUGUGUAUGAGUUUUGGGUAAGAGAAAGUUUCAGUGUUUCUAUGGAAUCCAAUCAUUCUACUAUCGCACCAGCUGUUAACCAAGGAACGGGAUGAAAAAAAGCAGACAUAUUGAUGACUGAAAUAAUAUGAGAAGGCUUGAUGAGAAUCUCUGGCUGGCCAGGUUUCUAUUCAAAAAGGGAUGUAAGAGUUGUUAUUACAAGGACAUUUUUAUUUCCCCUCAUGCAUCUUUGUUUCUCACAUAAGGAUAUUUAAAAAAAAACACACAAAAAGCUUUAUACAUUUAUAACUAUUUCUUUGUAUUACUGUUGUUUGUAUUAACAAAUUCAUAAACUUUUAUUGACUA